AUGAGCUCCGACGGAGCGGCGAUAGCGGCCAAGCUCGGCCGCGGUAACAGGUUAUCGGCAAUGGAAAGCGAAUACCAGGUUGUUCUGCCCAGUUUGCCUACAGGUCGGUUCGUUUUAAAUACCGUGUUUUUGCACGCGGACGUCAAGGCUCGCCCCUACAGGGUAGAAGACUUCCGCGACGCUCUGGCCCAGUAUUCGGUGCUCCCCGAGGUAGUCGCCUUGGGGGCGUACCGUAUGAGCCAUGUGUGGGCGGUCACCUUUAAGGACGCAGAAGCGUUCAGGAAGUUGGUCAGCAUCGGUGAACUGCAAGUUAAAAGCAAGCGCUGUAUCGUCAUCGACCCGGCCAACAGGGACGUCCGAAUGAAGGUACACUGGUUGCUCCACAGUGUGCCUGACGUGGACGUGCGCCUUGCCUUCAUGCCUUUCGGUAAAGUCACCGACAUUGUCAGGGAGCGUUGGCGGGCCGAGGGAUUGACUGACAAAGGGUCUACAACGAGGCUUGUGACUCUGAAGCUGAACGCCGGAGUCAAAAUUGACGACUUGCCACACCAGCUAAGUGUGUCCGGUGAGCUCGCCCUCGUCGUUGUACCGGGCAGGGCUCCGCUCUGCCUUCGCUGCCGGGGAACGGGCCAUAUCCGUCGCGAGUGCCGCAUCCCGCGAUGUGGUGUUUGUCGGCGUUUCGGUCACGAAGACGGCCAGUGUGAGCGAACGUACGCCAGCGUGACGGGGCCUGGGGGCAGCGAGGACACCGCCGACCUGCUCAUGGACGAGGCAGACUUGGAAGAGGCGACGCCUCAGGCAAACUCCCGUGAAGCACAGCCGUCUAAACCGUCCUCUUGUCCGGAGGGCGAGCGUAACAAGCAGCAAGACGCCGUAACUUCCAAGGACCAGCACGAGCCCGCCAAAGGUGUUGACUCUGCAUCGACUGGACGGGAUACGCCAGCAGAUGUGCAGCUUCCGGUGAGCGUGACUGAAUCCGUGGAGGAGUGCAUGGAUGUUUCGCGCGACGGAGCUAGCUCGAUGGCCGGGAAGCGGGCGUAUGAGAGGAGGGUGGACAGUGAGCAACAGCGGGACGACGGUGGAGGCGGCGAGCCGCCGACAAAAACGCCAGGUGUGAGGCGCUCUCCUUAUAGACCGCGACCUAACAUUCCGGGCGAACCACUGCGGGCGGCGAAUCCGCCUCCGUAG